AUGCUUACUCCCAGAAGAGCCGUUGCGGCAGCCGCCUUCUUCCUAAUCGUCUUCUACCUAAUUUCCUCCUCCCACGAUUCGACGACCGCCGCAAAGGCUCCUGUCGCUGCCUCCAACCAUGACACGACAAAAUCCCCCAAGAAUCCCUCCGAUAUCACUCCUUCAGGGGACAGCAUUGAGCCAUCUGCUCCCAAGAAAGUCACAGCUCAGAAGCCCAUGAUGGACAUGUCCAAAAUGUCGCUGUACGAAAAGCUUGAAUACCAAUAUCCCUACGAUGUUGAAACCCGUUUCCCUGCCUACAUCUGGCAGACGUGGAAGUGGACGCCCGCCGAGGAGCAAUUCACUUUCCGCGAGCAGGAAGCCUCCUGGACCGAGCAACACCCUGGCUUUGUUCAUGAGGUGAUUACCGACAAGGUUGCCAUUAACCUGCUUCGUCUGCUCUACGCCUCCGUUCCCGAGGUCCUCGCAGCCUACGACGCCCUUCCCCUGCCGGUCCUCAAGGCCGACUUCUUCCGAUACCUGAUUCUGCUCGCCCGCGGCGGCAUCUACUCCGACAUUGAUACCUAUGCCAUCCGGUCUGCUCUCGAAUGGGUUCCUGAGCGCAUCCCGCGAGAGAGCAUUGGCCUCGUGAUUGGCAUCGAGGCCGACCCCGAUCGUCCUGAUUGGAAGGAUUGGUACAGCCGCCGUAUUCAGUUUUGCCAGUGGACAAUCCAGUCCAAGCCCGGCCACCCUGUCAUGCGUGAGAUCGUCGUCCGCAUCACCGAAGAGACGCUGAAGCGCAAGAAGGAGGGUAAGCUGGACAACAUUGUUGACAAGAACGUGGUCGAGUUCACUGGCCCAGCCGUAUGGACUGAUACCAUUUUCGACUAUUUCAAUGAUCCGCGCUUCUUCGACAUGAAGAACUCCAAGGGCGCCAUCGAUUGGAAGAACUUCACUGGCAUGGAGACAUCCAAGAAGGUUGGCGAUGUUGUCGUACUUCCCAUCACUAGCUUCAGCCCUGGCGUGCAACAAAUGGGCGCCAAGGAUUACGAUGACCCCAUGGCUUUCGUCAAGCACGAUUUUGAGGGCACUUGGAAGCCCGAAGAGUUGCGCCACAUUGGCGAGCAGAAUGAAGAGUCUUGA